AGAUGUUAUGAAUUUACGAUACGAUCAUACACUUUAGGGGAAAACUAUUGACCUAAUUCUGAUUAAAUGUGCAUCAACCUCUUUGUCUGUGCAGGCAAGAUGAUGCUGAACAUAAUGGGUGGGUCAUUGCACCAGGGACUUCUGCUUCUUUGUAUAGUAGGCCUCUGCAGCCAGCUUGUGUCCACUGGCAACCAAAGCUCCCGAGGACAGACAGGGUCAUCGCAGGAGAGGACAGGGACUUGUGAAGUGGUCGCCGCUCAUCGUUGCUGCAAUAAGAACAAGAUUGAGGAACGCUCUCAAACAGUCAAGUGCUCCUGUUUCCCAGGACAGGUGGCGGGGACAACAAGGGCUCUGCCCUCUUGUGUUGAAGCCUCCAUUGUUCGUCAGAAGUGGUGGUGUAAAAUGGAGCCGUGUCUGGAGGGGGAAGAGUGCCGAGUUCUCCCUGACCUCACCGGUUGGUCAUGCAUCUCUGGAAACAAAGUAAAGACCACAAAGGUAGGGCCUGCAUUAGUCUGAGUCACAGUGGCACCAAUACUGUACAAAAGACAUAACACA